AUGCUGGUCUUCUUGUUUUAUUUUGUUUCUUAUAUUGGUCUUUUCUUACCAGUCACUGAAGAUUUUGCUUGCCCCUUCUGCUUGGUAAAAUGUCGAAGCUACAAGGGUUUGGGGUGUCACUUGAACUCAUCACAUGACCUAUUCCACUUUGAGUUUUGGAUAUCUGAAGAAUGCCAGGCUGUUAAUGUUAGUCUGAAGACUGAUGUCUGGAGAACCGAGCUUGUGGCUGAGGGAGUUGAUCCAAGACAUCAAACAUUUUCCUACUCCUCAAGGUUUAAGAAGCGUAGAAGGUUGGGAAUGUUGGGAACCACAGCUGAGAAAAUAAGCCAUGUACAUCCACAUAUCAUGGAUUCAGAUUCACCUGAAGACGCCCAGGCAGUGUCUGAAGAUGACUUUGUGCAGAGGGAGGAAGAUGGUACAUUCUUAUCUU